AUGUCAGGGCAACAGGUGUUCGUCAUGAACACAGGGCCGGAGCGCCAGACCGGUCGCAAGGCGCAGAUCUCCAACAUCACCGCCGCCAAGACCGUCGCUGAUGUCAUCCGCACCUGUCUCGGUCCCAAAGCCAUGCUCAAGAUGAUCCUCGAUCCCAUGGGCGGCAUCUUGCUCACCAACGACGGAAACGCCAUUCUCCGUGAGGUCGAGGUCGCACACCCCGCUGCCAAGUCCAUGAUCGAGCUCAGCCGCACACAGGAUGAAGAAGUUGGAGACGGUACUACCAGUGUUAUCAUUCUCGCCGGCGAGAUUCUCGCACAGUCGUUGCCGCAACUCGAACGCGGCAUCCACCCCGUUGUCAUCAUCUCGGCGUUCAAGAAGGCGCUCGCGAGAGCGCUCGAGAUUGUUGAGGAGAUCUCCGUACCCGUCGACGUCACCAACGAAAAGGACAUGCUCGCCCUCAUCAAGACCUCAAUCGGCACCAAGUUUGUCUCGAGGUGGUCCGACCAGAUGUGCCGUCUCGCCCUCAAAGCCGUCCGCACCGUGGCUAUGGUCGACUCGUCAAGCUCAGCAGCGGGCAGCGACCCGAGCAAGACGGUCGACAUCAAGCGCUACGCCCGUGUCGAAAAGGUGCCUGGUGGAACUAUCGAGGACUGCCGCGUACUCGACGGUGUCAUGCUCAACAAGGACGUCACCCACCCCAAGAUGAGGAGGCGAAUCGAAAACCCGCGCAUCAUCCUGCUCGACUGCCCGCUCGAGUACAAGAAGGGCGAGUCGCAGACCAACAUCGAGAUCACCCGCGAGGAGGACUGGAACAAGAUCCUCGAGAUCGAAGAGCAACAGAUCCAGACCAUGUGCGAGAAGAUCAUCGAGUUUAAGCCCGACCUGGUAUUCACGGAGAAGGGUGUUUCCGAUCUCGCGCAGCACUACCUGCUUAAGGCCAACAUUACGUGCAUUCGACGAGUUCGCAAGACGGACAACAACCGUAUCGCCCGCGCUACGGGUGCAACCAUCGUCAACCGCGUCGAUGACCUUCGCGAUGCCGACGUCGGCACCCGCUGCGGUCUGUUCCACAUCGAGAAGCUCGGCGACGAGUACUUUACCUUCCUCGAGGAGUGCAAGGAGCCCAAGGCAUGCACCAUCCUGCUCCGCGGCCCCUCCAAAGAUAUCCUCAACGAGAUCGACCGCAACCUUGCGGAUGCGAUGGCCGUGGCGCGCAAUGUGGUCUUCAACCCGCUGCUCAGUCCUGGUGGUGGUGCGACCGAGAUGGCCAUCGCCUACGGUCUCUCCGAGUUUGCCAAGGAGCUCGAGGGCGUCGAAGUCGGACCUAUCCGUGCCGUUUCGGACGCUAUGGAGGUCAUCCCCCGCACGCUCAUCCAGAACUGCGGUGGAAACGCCAUCAAGACGCUCACCACGCUCCGGGCGAAACACGCCAACGGCGAGCACUCGUACGGCGUCGACGGCGAAUCGGGCAAGGUGGUCGAGAUGAAGGAGUACGGCCUGUACGAGUCGGCCGCCGUCAAGAUCCAGACGCUCAAGACGGCCAUCGAGUCGGCGUCGCUGUUGUUGAGGGUGGACGAUGUUGUGAGCGCCAAGAGGGGCAGGCAGGCGGGUGGCGGUGCAGCACCGGGUGUUCAGGCUCCCGACGCGGGAAUGGGCGAGGACGCCGGACCGGACAUGCCACAGAUGUAG